GUUUUUCCUUUGAGACCAUGUCGGCAAGGUGGAUAUGAUUUUGAGAAACUGUUCAGUGUCUAUUUUUCCUGGAAUCAGAGCACUUUGCUUCUGUGCCUCUGGUUCACUUCUAUAGACCUGGGUUAAAUUAUAGACUGUAAAAGACACUUUCUUUUUGCAGAAUCACUUUAUGGCUCAAUUUCUACAACAGCUUAUUGUUUCAUAGUGCAGUUACAAUGGACUCAGUGAAGAAAAGCAGUGGACAGGACAACCUUGCAUUUGAUAGCAAAUUCUCUUUUUUGUUGUGUGUGGAGGUGCAGAUGCAAGAGCAAGUCAAUUAUCAACUCGAGACAAAGGCAGAUAAGACCAACCAGAGCAGCUGUGUGGCAGAGGAGGACAGAAAUAAACCAACCUACUGUGUGACCGAUGUCCCUCCUUGGUACCUUUGUAUUUUCCUGGCUGUUCAGCACUACCUGACAGCAUUUGGUGGAAUCAUUACCAUCCCCCUUAUCCUCUCCGAGGGACUAUGUCUGCAGCAUGAUACUCUGACCCAAAGUCUUCUAAUCAACACCUUAUUCUUUGUUUCUGGCCUCUGCACCAUUCUGCAGGUUACCUUUGGUGUCAGACUUCCUAUCCUGCAGGGAGGUACUUUUGCCUUGGUGACUCCAGCUAUGGCCGUGUUAUCUUUGCCGGAGUGGAAGUGCCCGGCUUGGACCCAGAAUGCCAGUUUGGUCAACACCUCCUCCCCUGAUUUUAUUGAAGAGUGGCAGAGCCGCAUGAGAACACUGCAGGGCUCUAUCAUGGUGGCCUCUGUCCUCCAGAUUCUUGUUGGUUUCUCUGGCCUCAUUGGGUUCCUCAUGCGCUUCAUUGGCCCCUUAACCAUUGCCCCCACUGUGUCUCUUAUAGGCCUGGCUCUGUAUGACUCGGCUGGAGUAAAGGCUGGCAGCCAUUGGGGCAUUUCUGCUUUCACGACAGGGCUGAUAAUUCUCUUCUCUCAGUACCUCCAGCUCAUACCAAUUCCUGUUCCUUCAUGCAGCAAAACCAAGAAAAGAAAAAACUCAAAGUUUUAUAUCUUCCAGACAAUGCCUAUUCUGCUGGGCAUUGCUGUCUCGUGGUUAUUCUGUUACCUCCUCACCAUAUUUGAUGUCCUACCAUCUGAUUCUACUCAAUACGGUCACCUAGCCCGCACUGAUGUGAAGAGUAAUGUGGUGAGCAAGGCUCCCUGGUUCACACUGCCAUACCCUGGCAAGUGGGGAAUCCCAACUGUAAACUUGGCAGCUGUGGUUGGGAUUCUGGCUGGAAUAAUAUGCUCCAUGGCAGAGUCUGUGGGAGACUACCAUGCCUGUGCCAGGUUGUCAGGGGCUCCUCCUCCUCCAAAGCAUGCCAUUAGCAGGGGAAUCGGUGUCGAAGGGAUUGGCUCUUUACUGGCGGGGGCCUUUGGGACAGGCAAUGGCACCACAUCUUUUAGUGAGAAUGUGGCAGCUCUUGGUAUCACCAGGGUGGGUAGUCGGACUGUAAUUCUCCUAAGUGGUUUUCUCAUGAUUUUGAUGGGAUUGGUGGGCAAAAUUGGAGCCAUCUUCACUACCAUUCCCACUCCUGUAAUUGGAGGGAUGUUUCUGAUCAUGUUUGGUAUCAUAUCUGCUGCUGGAAUUUCCAAUUUGCAGUUUACAGAUAUGAAUUCUUCUCGGAACAUCUUUGUGUUUGGUUUCUCCAUUUUUUCGGCACUUGUCAUUCCGAACUGGAUCAUGAAGAACCCCGGGGUUCUAGAAACAGGUGUCAAAGAGGUGGACCAAGUUUUGCAUGUAUUGUUCACGACCCAUAUGUUUGUAGGAGGGUUCCUUGGCUUCUUUCUAGAUAACACGAUUCCUGGGACCAAGCGUGAACGUGGCCUCCUCACCUGGAACAUGGGACAUCCUGAAGGCUCCAGUAAGGCCUUGGCAUCAGAUAAGGUCUAUAGUCUCCCGUUUGGAAUAACUUCUUGCCUUCAAUCAAAGUCCUGGGUCCGUUACAUCCCCUUCUGCCCACAGAGCGAUCACAAGUCAGAGGAUGACAUACAGAGUCGAGGGACUGAGCAAAUGACAAGAGUUUAAACCUAAAAAUAAAAAUUUCAUUAGAUCACAAAGAUGCUAUUUUUCUUAAAGUCAUGGAUUCUGUCAGGGUUUUUUUUUCAUUGUUGGUUGAUUGUUAAAUAUACGGUAAAUAUAGUUAAUUGUAGCAUAUUCAAUUAAUUGUAAGUUGCUGAUAAUGUGAAAUUGUGAAUAAAAAGAAUUCUGUUUC